AUUUAUUUUUCUGAUGAGUUCUUAUGCAUACCUAUUUAAAUUUAUUAUUAUUGGAGAUUCAAGUAAUAAUAUUCCAUAAAGAAAAUAGGUGUUGGAAAAUCAUGUUUACUUUUACAAUUUUUGGAUAGGAAGUUUAAAUUAGAUCAUGAUACAACAAUAGGAGUAGAGUUUGGAAGCAAAACUUUAAACAUUAGAUAAAAGAAUAUAAAACUAUAAAUUUGGGAUACUGUAUAAACAAAUAUGAUUGAUUUAGGCUGGAUAAGAAAGUUUUAAAUCAAUUACUAGAUCAUAUUAUAGAGGAUCAAUCUGUGCAUUAAUUGUAUAUGAUGUAACAAGCAGAGACAGUUUUGAGAAUAUCAGUAGAUGGAUGGAAGAAACUAAAAGUUACGCAAAUGAUAAAAUAACACUAGUCUUGGUUGCUAAUAAAACAGAUUUAUCAGACAAGUAAAUUUAUAUAGAAAAUCUAUUAGGAGAGUAAUAUCAAUUGAGGAAGGUUAAACAUUUGCAAAGAAACAUGAUUUGAUAUUUGUAGAGGCAUCUGCAAAAACAGGAUUUUAAGUAGAUAAAGUAAUUUCUAUUACAUUAUGCUUUUAGAUUUUUUAAGAAGCAGCAGAAGCAGUUCUCAAAAAAAUAGAAUAGAGAGAUAUUGAUGCAACAAAUGAAGUAUAGAAUAUUUAAAUUUAAAGUCUAUUGGUGUGAGAAUAGGUUCAUAAAUGACAGAAGAAAUGAUUGAAAAGUAAAAAGAGCAGAAAUCAUCUAAAUGCUGCUGA